AGACCUUCCUCUUUCCGCAAGUGGAACCGCGUGUCGACCAUGAUUUUGCUCUUUUGCUCUUACAUUUCCUCAUUCUUGCUAACAUUAAUCUCAAGCUGACCAUUUCAUCAAUAGGCUUCAUGGCAUACAACGCUGUAGAAAGCCUGUUACUUGAGAGACCCUCGCUUGAUCCCCGCAUAUAUGAGAUAAGAUGAACGAGGAACGUUAUCCGGGCGAUUACCAUGUUCAAGAUGGCCCAUCAAUAUAUUGGCCAUUCCCGAAGAACAAUACCUUUACAUCCUACCAGGAGCUGGUAGUGAGGCCCUAUGCGGUUGAGGAACCGGAUGAUGAAGCAGAGGACCAAAUCUGGGAAACUACGGAGCCAAUUCCACAAUGGCAGAGAGAACUGUUGGAAUCACUGGACGAACUUGCGUGCGAGUCAGAUACUAGUGCUUCAUUGAGAUCCAGUCCCACGAGAGGCCAGAAGAGAAAGUCCGCCAGCACGUCCUCUCAGGAUCGUUACCCUGACCAAUCGCCGUCAUUGGACCCGGACCUUCGGCCGGACGACUCGGAAUCUGAGACGACCAAUAUGAGCCCGAAAAGACGGCGUAGAAAGUGCCAGAGCAAGCAGUUCAGAGCCAAUUUGGAUGCUGCUGAUGCCGCGUUUCUAUCUCACCACAGCUACGGGCUGUCUAUGAGCCCCAGUUCGGAAUCCCAGUUUGCAGAUGCAAACAGCAGUGGUUCCACGAGCAAUGGAGCUGCUACACCCGACGAAAUGGACAUGGAUUGAAUUCGAGCAGUACACAUCGGCGGCGAAUGUUGCGCUCCGAUUGGCCGCUGCCAAUCCUGUCACGUGACAUUACGUCUCGACGUUAUCUAAGCAUAUAUGACGUCACACAGUCAUAUCGCCC